UGGUAAGAAUGUACUAAGUGUGUAUGAGGACAAGUUUGAACGUAAAAGCGCUGUUCUGUGUUUACUGUUUACAGUAGAGAAAAUGUACGAAGCCCAGACGAUAAACGCUGAACAUAAGGAUCUCAUACAUGAUGUUGCAUAUGACUACUACGGUGAAAGAAUGGCCACAUGUUCAAGCGAUCAAUUUGUUAAGGUAUGGGAUCAAGACGAACAUGGUAAAUGGCAGAUGACUGCUAGCUGGAAGGCACAUAGUGGAUCAGUGUGGAAAGUAACAUGGGCUCAUCCAGAAUUUGGCCAAGUGUUGGCAACAUGUUCUUUUGACCGUACUGCUGCCAUCUGGGAAGAAAUAGUGGGUGAGGGUUCUGUACCUGGAGAACGUGGCAUGCGACACUGGGUAAGGAGAACAAACUUAGUUGAUUCACGAACUUCAGUCACUGACGUUAAAUUUGGACCAAAAUCUCUUGGUCUUUUGCUGGCAACAUGUUCUGCAGAUGGUGUUGUUCGUAUAUAUGAGGCUCCAGAUGUUAUGAAUCUGAGUCAGUGGACACUGCAACAUGAAAUAUCGUGUAAGCUUUCAUGCAGUUGUGUGUCAUGGAAUCCAUCAUUUUCCAGGUUACAUCCUCCUAUGUUGGCUGUUGGGAGUGAUGAUACAACUGUAUCAUCUGGAGGCAAGGUGUUCAUUUAUGAAUAUAAUGAAUGCAGCCGGAGAUGGGUGAAAAUUGAAACAUUAUCUACAGUAACAGAGCCAGUACAUGAUAUUGCAUUUGCACCAAAUCUUGGGAGAAGUUACCACUUGCUUGCAGUUGCAACAAAAGAUGUUCAGAUUUAUAAACUUAAUCCCUUACCUGACAAAGGUACCCAGAGUGGUUUAACAAAACUGGAAGUCUCAUUGCAAGCACAAUUUGAAGACCACUACUCAACAGUGUGGCGUGUCUGCUGGAAUGUUACUGGAACUAUGUUGGCUUCUUCGGGAGAUGAUUGUUGUGUUCGUUUGUGGAAAGCUAAUUUUGCAUCAGAGUGGAAAUGCGUGGCUGUACUUAAAGGCGACGGUUCACAAGUGAAGACAGACAUCUCCUCACCAGCACAGGCGACACCAGCCCUGUCAGGAGUUUCACCAGGAGUCGGUGCAGUUGCAGUCUUAGCAGGAGCAGCACUGGUUGCUGGUGGUGGAGGUAGUGGUUCUGGUGGUGGCUCAGCACAACAGACCAGUGCUGCAAGAGGGGACCGGAGAGAGGAAGCUCCAGCCAACACUAGGAGAGUCGCUGGGAGCACCGCAAUGCAUAGGGGUUUGCCAGGAGCAGCCUCCAUACGACCAUCUGAUGAUACAGUAUCCACACAUUCUGGCAGUAAGUGGCAGGCACCAGUGAUGAAGGGGAGAUUCCAGAAGAUGACUUGGCUGGGAUCUGAUCCCCCUCCACCACCUCCACCAGCUGUCAAGACAAGGCCUUUCAAGAAGUAGACUGAUAUGAGUAAUGAUGUCUUCUACAUGUCUACACCUCUUAGACUUCCACAUAUUAUUUAUGCUGAUGUAAAUAAUAUUUUAUACUGAUGGGAGAUGCAGUACAAGUAGUACUGUUUCAGUCUGUAAGACCUCUGUAUUUGUCCCACAAUUUGUGAAUAUUUUAUGACUCCUCAAUAAUUAAAUAAUAGAUUUUUUUAUAAGGCAAAUAGCUUUAAAUUUUUCAUGUUCAGGAUAUGAGGGUCAACUGCUAAACUAGUCAUCAUCCUUUGACUGAGAUGGACAUUGUUUUCAGCAAACAUAUACGUGUUUCUGAGAAACGUAUAAAAGACUGAAUUUUGCUGCUAGUAUAUUCAGAACUAUGAUCCUAUUUAAUUUCUUCAUUGAAACAGUGAUUUUCUUUUACCAAGUGUAAUAGGAUUUUCAGACCUUUGUCCAAUCUCCCACUCUUAAACACCAUUAACAACUUCUUUACAGAUCACUCAAAUAAACAUGACUACCUACAAGUAAUUAUGUUUUAACAUUUUGACACUAUUUGUUUAUGAAAUAAUCCUGAGUUGUUAUUGUCUUAUGUUAUUAUCUUAAACAUCAUCAUCAUUAUCAGAUGUACCAAUCCUGGUGAAAGUCACUGUUCACUUAUUUAUUUCCCUAAACUUCUCAACACAUUAAAAGUGGAAUUAUUAGAUGAUCUUGUAGAUUUAAAUGGCUGAAAUAUACACCAAGCAGCAAAGUAACAUCAGGUUAACAAUUUUGCUAUAUCUUAGAUUAAUUUUCCUACAGGCCCGUAAGGCACUUUAUUUAACUAGCAUGACUGUAUCAUUUCAUCGUUGUUCACUAAUGUGAAAGUAUGUUGAAUGUACUGGAAAUGCUUACUCUUCAUCCUACAAACCAAAAUUCUUUUGAGGAAUUGAUAGUAAAAACAUUAAAAUUCUAUUGUACUAAUAGUCAUAUAGCGUGCUGUGAAAACUGUUACAAUUUUGUUUCAAAGCGUUAUAUAAGUUUUAAUAUGAAAUUUCAAACAGAUAUACAUCCACAAUAAUGCCCUGGAAACAGUAACUCUGUUUAUUUUGAAUAUCAAUCACUUGAAGAACUGGUUAUGUUCUAGGAAACAAGUGGACCUAUUUUUUUUUUUUCUUUUUCAAAGCUUGUGUCCACUGAUAGUAGUUAGAUAAGGGUGGCCAUAAAAACUGUUGUAUCUGAAUGAGAUUUAUUAAAUCAUGUAAAUAUACAAAUAUAUUCUUUCAGCUGGUUAGUGAUGGAUGAUGAGUCAAAUAGUGUGUGUAUUAUCAAAUACCUGUAAAGUCAAAAGUUAAUUUGAGUAGUUUUAGACUGCUGGUAUGGCACCUUGUAAUUCAGAGUUCCCUAUUCAUGAUCUCAACUCAAAAAUAAAUUAAUUCAAGGUACAAGAUUUUUCACUGAGUUGUUGUUAAAAAUACAAUUCACUUAUAUCUAGCUUCCAUAUGAAUGAGAGGUUCAUUUUUACCAUAUGAUGCUCAUGCUAUUCACCAGACCAAUAGGAUAAAAUAUUAUUGUUCAAGAAUCAUUUUUAGAUAAAACUGAAACAUUUCAUUAUAUUUAAAUUAAUUCUCCAUAUUUUAUCAUCUUUUUGUUCCUACCAUUCAGUAACCUUUUCAUUCAUGUUUUGAUUAAUAUAUCUUUGUAAUUCUCUUAUUUCUCAGCUAUAGUCUUACUUCUUCACUUUCUUUUUUCUUGCAUGCAUAGAAUGUUCACAGAAAUUACUUUCUAGUAUCUGGCCACAAGACAAAUGUGGAGUGUGCAUAAUUAUUGUUGCCCAACAACGUCUAUUG